CAAACACCACCAUUCUUCAUACCAGAUCGGUCGGCCAUUGACCCCAUAGUCUAUGCCAGACAGUAUAUCGGGUCACAAGCAAGCAAGGACCUGAUAUCAAGGGAAGAUUGGGAGCUGAUGUAUAAACGAAUGGCAUGCUCGCUGAUCAUCAUGUGUGAGGCGAAUGUGGAUUGGCCUGCAGAUGAUGGGGUACGGCUAAUGCCGAGCACCACGGAAGAAUGGCUUCUCACUCAAGAGGUGUUUGGGCAGAUGCUUAAGGAGGUCUCGCUGCGGUUUGUGGUACUGCCUAAGGACCUGAUGGAUAUUGCUGACCGAGUUGCGUUUGUU